AUGAGCCUGGGGUCUGAUUUGUUGGCUACGCUUGAUAGCCAGGAGUUGUACUCGAAGCCGGCACCACCAGCCUCGCAGGAGGUGCCCAGCCUCCCGUUUGAGCUCUUCCCCACCACCUCGACGCCCACCUCUUCACCUCUUUUAUUCUCCACGCCACCUGCCUCGUCCACCAGCACUACUUCCGCUUCGACCACACCACAGGGUGCUCUCCUGGUGGCCUCGCCACGGCGUUCGUCCCACCAGCGCCAGACAUCACCACUGCGCGGCACGCAAGUCAGGAAGAAGCUCUCCCUGAACCCACAGCAGCGCGGGAAGGAGAGCGAAGUCAACCUCCUUGCGGCGUGGCCUGCUGCGACCACAACGAGGGACGGAAGAGGAGGAGCAUCACGGCAAGCGACAACGAGAGCAGAGGAAGAAGAGGAAGAAGAGCUGACCGAGCUGGACGCAGCGAUGAACGCGCUGCACGACGAAAAGGAGGAAGCGGCAAUAAGCGAAGAGGAGAAGGCUAUUACUUGGCGCGGAGAGCCGGUGGCGAGCGACGACCUCCAUGGGAUCACCUAUCGCAACCAGUUCGCCGUAGAACCGAAGGGCACCGUAUUCCGGGUCGGAGACAGUUUUCGUUGUGCUACUAAACGGCAGGGCGCCGAGGACGACGACUAUCUUGAAGCCACGAUGCCCGCUGAUGCCUCUUCCGAAGAGCAACCCUCCAUCUGCAAGCUGCGUUUCCUAUGGGCCGACUCACGAGGCAAGCAGUGGGCUCUGUGUGAGAAUUUUUACAUGCCAGAGGACACAGUCUUCGGGCGCAAGCCCUAUCACGGCAGCAAGGAGCUGCUCAAAGGGGAGUACGCCGAGCGGCAGCUGCUGGCGGAGGACAUCAAGGCCAAGGUGACUAUCGAGGAGUUCUCGGUCUAUCACGAAAGGGAGGUCUUCCCGGAGGACGUCUACUACUGGCGACAAGAGUACUACGUGCGGCCCAAGGCCCGUGCACCCUCGCCGCCUACGCUCUCGCUGAGGAAAAGGACCAAGGAAGACCGCGAGAAGAGCGACCAUGCGCGGAAUGCGAGUCUGGUGGAAAAGCACACCAAGAUGGUGGAGAAGCUGAUCGACCGCAGGCGACGCUCGGAAGCGCGCAGGCUGGCCGAGGACCAAAAACGUCAACUCGAGGAGGAACAGCGCAGAUCCAAGGCCUUGACCCGCGACGCUACCCGGACCACCAUCGAGAUAGACGAGGACAGCGACCACGACAACGAGGUCAACGAACCCACCGAAAAGCAAGCAGAGGAAAUUGCGCUGCUGGCGCCCUUUGAGUCGGUGGCUAUGGUGGUCGAUGAUGGCGUAGUCGAACAGAAGAAAGCGGAAGAAGACGAGUGUGAGACCGUCACAGAGACCGCAACGAAAGCGGAGGUGGUGGAAACGGAUGAAGGGCAGAACGGAGCGGUGGAAACGGCCUCCCCGCCGGCUUCGUACGCUGGCACGGCCUCGGCGAGUAAUCGUCUGCCCUCACCGACGCCCUCGCCUCACGAGAUUCUUCAGACGCCGCCCACUGCCGUCUCGCCUGCGCGAAAGAGACUCCGCCGAACUGGAGGACCCACGCUCUCCUCGCUCUCGGCGCUUUCGGCCUCAGGCUCUUCAUCGAUGUCGGCUGCGCCCUAUUCUUCUACGUCGACCCGCGGGGCAUCGACAGCUUCGUCGCUGUCUUCGCUCGCCGCAGCUAGGCGGGAGGCGCAGCAGGUCUCGCUCGUGCCUCUGUCGCAGCGCGGGCGAGGGAAGCACGAAGCCAUCGAAGUCAACAGUGAUGACGAUGACACCGCCUCGGUCCUCGCCCAGCCAUUGCCACCGGUGGUGCCGAGCGUGUCCAGCAGCCAGCCGCAGCUUGCUAGGCGACCGCCCACCAAGCUCGGGGCCGAAUACGAGCCCGCUGUGGCACAAGAGCGAGGCAGCCGCUGGAAGAUGUACACCCAGGAGUCCCCCGACGAUGCCCUGCAGAACCAAACGACCGUCAGCCUCAAGGCCAACACAAAGCCACGGAAGAAGAGGGUCGACGUCUUCAAGUUCCCGAGUGAUGACGAAGAAGAGGCCAGCGGCCAUGAGGAGGCGGAGGCCACAGAGCUGCAGCUGCCACAACAGAACCUUCAGGAGGAAGAAGAGGACUCAGAUUUCGCUGCGCGGCGAUCAACCCGCAUCCUUAAGGCUCGCAAUUCACCGCUCACGUUCCGGGACAGGCUCAAGCAGGGAAAGGUAUUGGAUAUGCUUCAAGGCUCGAAGCAGUCCGCUGCUCUCUCGGCACCGCCACUUCCGACCGCCACAACAGGUCCGGCGGAGGAGGAAGAGCGCGCAGACGGCGCCGAACCAGCGGGCCUCGGCCAGGCGGAAAGAGGGCCGAAGACCAAGACGGGAGCGCACACUCGCUCGUUUCUCGUCCACCCACCGAAGCAGGUGAUGCCCCACAGCCCCAGUCUGGCCAUCCUCCGCUCGCUGCAAAAGCCGACCCAUCUGUCACACGCGUCCCACUCGCCUUCGUCUUCCCAAUCGCUAUCGUCCUCGUCAUUGUCGUCUUCGGCGCGCAGCCUUCUCUCUUCGUCGUCAUCGUCGUCGAACCAGGCCAAGAGUGCCACCAGCACCAGCACCAACACCGGGCGGGCGGAUCCGGUCACGCUCUAUCUGGAUGAAGGCGACGGCGACGAGCUCGAUGAAGAAAAGCACAGCGAGCGAAAGCGGAAGAGGGAAAGAGAGAAGGAGAGGCCCAGCGUCGAGGAAAAGAGCAGGAAGCCGCUGGGCAGCUCCGGCGGAGGGCUCCUGCGGGCGCAUUCGGCCGAGAGAGCGGCCUCCACAUCAACGCGACCGCGCUCGCGCCGGUCGUCCAUCACGUCGUCAAAGCAGGUCUUUCUUGAAUCCGACGAGAUCGUGGAGGAGGUGGGCGACCAGCAGAACGACGACCGUCGACGCCGAAAGGCGGCUGCGACAGAGAAGACCGGGCGCAAGAGAGACCUAAGCCCGAACAGGGGCAUCUCCACCACGACGACGACGAGCAAGAGCAAGAGCGACAAGGAGCGAAGUGACAGCGAGAGCAGCAGCACCCGGACAACACGCAGGCGCGCAGCCAACGCCACGACGAGGGCGGCCACGAAGCUAAGCAGCAAGGCUGGAAGCGACAACGACAGGAGCGUAACAACGACGUCGGCGGAGAAGAAAAAGACGACGGGAGCGGUAUCUCUGAAGAGGAAGAAGCUGGAGGACGAGCUGCUGGCGGAGUUCGAGGCCGAAACCGAACCGCUUGGGUCGUCCACGAGCAGAAGGAGCACGCGGCACAGGAAGCGACCGCGCAAAGUAGAGGAGGAAGAGGACGAAGAGGAGGAGGAGGAACAACCGGAGAAAGACGAAGAACAAGAGGAAGAGGAGGAGAAAGGGAGGCGCAAGAGUAGGCGAACACGGACGCGGGUCACUGCGCGGGAGAAGAUGGACAGACAAAGGCGGCGACUAGAGGCGGGCAGUAGCGAUGAAGACGAGGAAGGCGAGGCAGAGCAGAGCGAAGAAGAGGGAGAGGAAGAGGAGGAUGAAAUGGCCGGCUUCAUCGUCGACGAUGACGAUCACGAUGACGAAGCACAGGCGAAGCUCGACGCAAUGUUGGGCCGAGGCAAGGGCCUGCCGGAGUCUUUUUCCGUGUACGUGCAGUACCUCAUCUCCGGCUGCCUCGACCCAGACUUCGUCACCUCCCUGUCGUCCAAAGACAACGCGGUGGUCAGCCGAAAGGAGAGCCUUGUGAGCAGCAGCGCCUGGGUGCCCGGGUUUCGUCACGCUCUUGAAUCUCUACCGAACUACCACUCGUGGCCGGCAGGCUCGGCGCUAAAGAAGGACUGCGAGGCCUGCAAGCGCACCAAUCACCGGGCCACGUACAAGGCCUUCCCAUUCAAUCUGCUGCGGAUUGUCGUGGGGUACCAGCUGGAGCUGUCAGGUCCGCACUAUGACACUCGAGCGUACUGGAGCGGCAGCAUCUCUUUUGGUGAGGUGAAUGAGAGUAAGGAGGGCAAGGCCAAGUACCGACUGGGCAAGCAGUGCCAUGCCCGCACCAAGCUGUUUCACACCCUCCACCACUACCAGUACAUGACUCAGCAGCUGGUCGACAGGCGAGUUGAAAGCGUGCUCGGCACGGGCGUGGACGAGACGCAGGUCUUGUUCGAUGAGUUCCAGGCCCUCCUGAAGAGAGCGGACAACUUCCGGGACGACCCCAAAGACCACGACGGCUGA